AUGCUGCCCUUCGAGAGCGGCGGGUCGAGAAUCGCCGCCCAGCGGCCGCCCGGGGCGACCGUGAGGGACAUCACGAUCAAGGUGCUGCCGCAGCUGCUGCAGGAGAUGGAGAUCCUGAAGGGCGAUCAGACGGAGGAGCGCCGGCACUGGGCAAUGUUCCGGCCCAUGCCCCUGGCGACCCGGGUCCUCAGUGAGGUGUCGGUCUUGCACCAGGCGUGGGCGCGCGUCGGCCAGAACCUGAACGUCAAGAAGCCGGUCCUCGACCACCAGCCCUGGCUUGUGGGCCCGACGAAGCCCAGGGGGAGCAGCCCCAGCGACCAGCCCAUGCCCGGCCUGGAGCUGCCGGGCCUCACCCCCGCCGAGCUCAGCAGCGUCUUCGAGCGGUGCUCGAUGGUGAGGGCCUGGUCGAGCCACAGCGGGGCUCUGUGGAACGCCUUCUCGUGCCGGGCGCGGGCGUUGCCAAUGCAGCCGCUCAACCGUCUGCCAAUUCAGACGCCUCUCCAGAAGCAGCUCGCCGACACCCUGGGCCUCUACGACCCCUCUCGAAACAUGGCGGAGCCACACCAGGAGGACAAGAUCAGCCUGAACGAGCUCUUCAUGUCCUUCAUCUGCGCGUCCAAGGGCACGGUCGGCGAGAAGGCGUCGGCCCUGUUCAGCAUCUACUCGUACAGCGACCCAGAGUCCCACCACAUCAGGCCCGCCUCUCGCCUGGCGAGGUCGAUCGCGUCCGGGGGCGAAGGAGAGGUGGAGCUGCCGAGGGCACCACCUGCAGACCUCGACAGUUCGGAAGCCCACCAGAAUUGCCUUUGCCUGCAGGUUAUGAGCAACCACCCGAAGACACACCUCCUGGGCGUUGUCUACAUACAGUCGCUUACACCAUUCAUUGGAUCAGCUCUGGACGAGCCGCAGUUCGUAAGCUACAACAUCUGGGGCAAGCACGACCCCGCGCUGACAGCGAAAGCAGGCCGUGGCAACAACGCUCGCGCCGCGCGUGCAAGCGCGUCUAACAUGCCCGCUUCCAACGCGCCAGGAAGCGACAACGGAAUGGAAAUACUCGGGGAGAUGCUCGUUAGCGUGGUAUGGAUACCAAAGAGUAUCCGGAGACCGGAGCAUGGGCAAUUGAAUAUCGUGGUUAAGCACAUCAAGUUCAACCAGAUGCUCGUCGGCGACUACUACAAAAUGAACCCCUGGAUCGUGGCGCGCAUAUUGGGCUUGCAGAGGGAGGCCGGAGCAGCUGAAGACGAGCGCGUGUGGAAGGAGAUUCCGAGGUGGGACCCGCGGGGCUUAUGGAAAACCGACCAGCACCAGUCCUACUUGACCUACGGGCCCUACGGCGGCAUCAUGGAGUGGGACAAGACGAUGAAGGAGAAUGUGUUGUCUGGCAUUUUGGGCCACCACGACAGCUUCAGCCACCAUUGGCGGGGUGGGCAGCACAUGGGCUACGACCCUGACACGAUGGAGUGGCAGUGGAACGACCUGUGUGGCAACCAGCGUUCGGCUGAUAUCGAUGUUAUGCCAGAGUUUGUCACUGUUUCCAAGCGCAAGAACUGCGUCAGCCUGGAAGGCGUCCGCCUGAUCACGCAGUGCAUCCUGCACAGGUGCGUGCUGAACCUCACGAACCGCGAGGCGCUGCUGAUUGCCGACAGCAUCUUCAAUCGCUCCGGCGCUGUCCCCGGCUUCCUGGAGGCCAUCAUUGUGCCGGGGGAGCCUUCCAAAGACAGCGACGCCCCCGCCAGCUUGAGUGACCUGAAGAAGCGUCUCGAGAAGAGCAAGCAGAGUUACAAGGUCGUUACUCGGGAGGUGAUGCUGGAGCACGAGCGACAGGUCAAGGACAUGGGUGGCGGCAGCCUCAACUUGUUCUCUCGCCAGAUGUUCAUGCGGCGCACCAUGGAGCCCAUCAACAUCAGCCACGACAUGCAGAUCCGGGACCCCUUCCCAGGGAAGCGGAAGGAGAGCUUUGGAUUCGCUUCGUGCGCGGCGGCGACGGCGAGCGGUGCACCGCGGUCGUCUCCGUGGAGCCCAACGGCAACAUCGUGCCCAACCACGGCGAGGAGCGGGCCGACCCCGAGAUCGAGCUCUCCGCGCCCGGGUGGGUCUCGAAGGAGGAGAGUUCAUCUCGUGCGUGAUGGGCAGCCCCCUCCUGGGCGAGUCGCUGCGCCGCCUGGGGUCCUGCGACCACGUGCCGCACGAGCGCAAGGCGAUACCGCUCAGCGUGACCAUCAUGGAUCCGCACCAGGACCAGGGGACGACCUCAGGAUGAUGGAGGACGCCCUCGACGCCCAGCAGUCCUUCCUGCUCGAGGUCUGGGACUCGGACGUGGUCUCGCGGGACUUCCUGGGCGAGGCCUGGCUCCCUCCGCUGGGCACCCUGUCGGAGAAGCCGAAGACCCUGGUCCUGCCCCUCGCGCGCGCAGACUACAGCGAGGAGGCGGAGUUUGGCCCCUCCCGCCAAGACAAGAACAAGGAGCUCGGCGACGAGACGAAGAACCCGCUCCUGAAGGUCACGGGGGAGCUGUACGUCACGGCCACGUGGAAGUACCCUAUCCUCCGAGAGGAUGACGAGGAGGGGGCGGCCGCCCAGGAGGACGAGACGGAGAAGGCCAGGGCCGAGCGAGCCGUGAGGGAGCACACGGGGCUCCUCACGCUCAAGAUCGAGCGCGCCCGAGGCCUUCGCCGCGCGGACGGGAGGCGGCUCCGGGCGUGCGACCCCCAGGUGCGCGUGUGGCAGCGCAACGACGUCCGGCAGCUGUGGAGGAAGAGGCCGCUCAUGAAGACUAAGGUGAUCAGCAACAACGCCGAUCCCGAGUGGCACUUCGAGGAGUCGAAGGAGAUCAUGACCGGCGAAUACGAGAGCCGGUUUCCUCCACCCGAGGAGGGCUGGACCGCGGAAUUGACGAAGAUGACACGAACCAGGAAGCAGCAGCGGAUCAUCGAUGACGAAAAGAACGCCCAGGCCGUCAAGAUGUACGGGAGCGGCUUGAAGGUAGUUUUCCAUGAUGCCGCCGGGCCGCCGCCGAAUCAGGAUGUGGAUGCUGCGGGGGGAAACCAUAAAGUCCAGGUGCUCCUGACCGACACCAUCCAUGACUUCAAGGACAAGCUGACGUUGGCAUGCAAACGGGAGGCUCAGCACUGGAGAAGCUUGGAAGACGAGCAGGCCGAGAAGCACGCAGCCGCGUUCUCCGACAUCGACAUUGGCCCCAAUCAUCUCGUAAUGGUUUGGAUCCCAUCGGCAGCAGUUCAGCGACUUGCGGCCCAGAAGAUGGACAAAUCAGAAGAGUAUGCACGGGCGCACCGCCAGUCUGAGAAGGAUCCCUCCUGCUGGAAGCCUUUGGAUCCUGCUCGAACGUUCGCCCACUACCCAAAGCAUUUCGGAACGAACUUGAGGGGGGAAGUGCCGCAGGGAAUCAAGCUCCGCGUGGUGGAGGCAACGGAGGCGUAUAGAAAUGCAAAUCUUCGAUACAAGGUGUACAUGGAAGAGAUGGAAAAGGUACACUACCCAGACGUUAACACGAAUGACAAGUGUUUCGGUUGGGCCAAGUACUGGCACAAGGCCGACGGUGAGAAUUCGACCGAGUGGAGGCCUGCCUUCAUCAGCAGCGUCGAUCUGCCUGACACGUCUCCCCGAUACAAGGUCCGCUGGAUCCUGGAUCAGAAUGCCAGUGACGAAGAUGCAGCCAAAGCAGCGGCUGCUCCCCCGGGUGCCAGCACCCUGCAUCGCGGGAGCGAGGUGCUUCUUGCACCGAGGAACCCGAAGCUGGGCGUGCGCCAGCAUCCUGCUCACAAGGAGUUCUUGGUGCAGGUCAAGCUCCUGCGCGAGUCCAGAAAGUCGGACUUCGAGAUCAAGGACGUGCUGAACAAGCUGCUCCUGGACAAGUGGAGGACCGACGACAAGUUCAAGGAGGCCUACGGUGACAAGGAGCCCGGGGUGCCCGGCGGCAUCCCUCUGAUCACGGUCGAGAACAUCCGGGCACACCUGCAAAGGCAGGACGAGGCCUCACAGGGGCCAUCUGCCAAGACCUGA